AACCAUUUCCUUCUCAUCUAAUUGUUAUAGUGUUAAUGUACAUAAAAUUUUUGCGUUAGUUUUAUUCAUUCUUUCUUAAUGGGAUUACUAAUGAAUUUUGAAAUUCCCGUUACCCUUGUGACAUUCAUUUUCAAGCUUUGUAGAUUGAUAUAUUUUACAAUUGCUUUAAUUCUUCUAUCAAUGCGGACAUCUAUUAUUAUUCAGACCAUUCGGAUAUUUGAAUCUAAUUCUUUUCUUAAUGUGAAAUUCGUCGAUUUCAUUAUCUUCAUUCUUCAACUUGUUAUUUUGUAGUUCAAGUUUGUUUUUCUAAGGU